AGGCAGCUCAGCCCCGCCCCGCGCUUCCGGGCCUGCGCAGCGGUCUGUUGCCACGUGUGUCCGGGACCCCCAGAGCCGCCACAAUGAAGCCGAGAAAAAAUAAAAAACGAGUUCCAAGCUUUCGCAAGUUGCUGAAAACUAGUAAAAUAAAGCUUGACAACAAGUUAAAGAAUAAACAGUUUAAGCAUGAGAGCAUUGCUAAGAAAUAUCGAAAAGAGCAAAGAAAACUUAGGCAAGCUGUCAAAGAUGUUACAUCCAGAACAUCUGUUCCAUUGGAAGAAUACAAGACAAAACAUGCAGCUAAAAGAAAGGAGGAAGAGGAGGAAGAGGAAGCACUUCCACUAGAUAUGAUGGAUGAAGAUGACCUGAAAUUAAUGGAAGAUUUGGCUCAAAAAGCAUCAUUUGUAACGAGAGACCUUUCUUCUAGUGAACCUGUUCAUUUCAAGAAACGAAAACAGGAAAGCGUGAUUGACAGAUAUGAGAAAAUGCCAAGGCACAUGCAGACUGAGCCAGAAAAAGAACUUAUUCACCUGCUUCCUAUCAAAGACAAAAGUGGCAUUAUUCCACAAACAAUGGAAAAGCCAGUCAUCGGUGUUGCACAGAAUGAAGAGGAUGAAGACACAGAAGAAAUGGAGGUGGUAGAAGCAUCUAGUGAAGAACCCCAGCCUGUGCUCACUACAGAUGAACUGGUAAUUCAAAGGAGGAGGAAGCUGCAAGAGAAGAAGAUACACAUUGCAGCCUUAGCAGCUGCCAUUCUGUCUGACCCAGAAAACAGCAUAAAGAAGCUGAAAGAGUUGCGUGCCAUGCUAAUGGAACAAGACCCCAAUGUGGCUGUGAUUGUUCGGAAGCUGGUGAUGGUUUCUCUGAUGGAAAUAUUCAAAGAUAUUACUCCUUCUUACAAAAUUCGGCCUCUGACUGAAGCAGAAAAACAUACCAAGGUUAGAAAAGAAACUCAGAAACUAAGGGAGUUUGAAGAAAGCCUUGUGAGCCAGUACAAGUUUUACUUGGAAAAUCUGGAACAAACAGUUAAAGACUGGAAGCAGAGGAAGCUGAAGAAAAGUAACGUGAUCUCAUUAAAAGCAUAUAAAGGUCUGGCAGAGAUUGCAGUCAAGUGUCUGUGUGAGCUUCUUGUGGUGCUGCCUCACUUCAAUUUCCACAAUAACAUCAUUGUCCUGAUUGUACCUCUCAUGAAUGACGCAUCAAAAUUGAUUUCUGAAAUGUGUUGUGAAGCUGUAAAGAAGCUCUUUAAACAAGACAAACUGGGCUCUGUUUCUCUGGGUGUUGUUAAGGUGAUUUCUGGCCUUGUAAAAAGCAGAAAUUAUGAUGUUAGACCUGAGGUGCUAAAAAUAUUCCUUCAUCUAAGAAUUAAAGAAGUAGAAGUAAAAAAAGACACAGAAGACAUUACUGCAAAGAAAAAGUUCAUGUCCUGUAAGGAGAAAAGGAAAAAUCUUUCAAGGAUGCAAAGAAAGUGGAAGAAAGCAGAAGAGAAGCUGGAACGAGAACUCCUGGAAGCAGAAGCCUCUGAGAGUAAAGAAAAAAAACUGAAACUGCACACAGAGACUCUGAAUAUUGUAUUUUUAACUUACUUCCGAAUACUGAAGAAAGUACAGAAAUCCCUUCUUUUGCCUACGGUACUGGAAGGUCUUGCAAAGUUUGCCCAUCUCAUAAAUGUAGAAUUUUUUGAUGACCUGUUGGUUGUUCUACAUUCUCUCAUUGCAUCUGGGGAUCUAAGCUAUCGGGAGAGCCUUCAUUGCGUUCUCACUGCUUUUCAUAUUCUGUCUGGACAAGGUGAUGUUCUUAACAUUGACCCUUCAAAGUUCUACAGUCACCUUUACAGGACACUAUUUAGGCUACAUGCGGGUGCUACGAAUGAUGACAUGGUGAUAGUGCUUCAGUGCCUGGAUGUAAUGCUUACCAAACGUAGGAAACAGGUUUCCCAGCAACGAGCCCUUGCUUUCAUAAAGCGACUUUCCACACUUGCUCUCCAUGUCCUUCCAAAUUCCAGUGUUGGGAUCUUGGCAACCAACAGAAUAUUGAUGCAAACGUUCCCAAAAACAGACCUCCUGCUAGAUAAUGAGGCUCAAGGCAGUGGACUGUAUCUCCCCGAACUGGAUGAGCCAGAGUGUUGCAAUGCUCAGAACACAGCCCUGUGGGAAUUACAUGCACUCCGGAGACACUAUCAUCCGACAGUGCAGAAAUUUGCAGAUCACCUUAUUGCUGGAGCUCCAGCUGAAGGUUCAGAAGCUCUCAGACCAGAUCUGAGCCGAAGGUCUGGCACAGAACUUUUUGAGACAUAUAAUAUGAAAGGAAUGACUUUUAAUCCUCCUGUAGCAUCAGUUACACCUAGAAAAAAGGAUAAAUUUCUUCAAGGGGAUUCAUUUCUAAAUGAAGAUUUAAAGGAAUUGAUUCAGACACAUCUCAAUGAGGCUGCUGUUCACAGACCCGUGGAUUUUGCUAAACACUUAAAGGAAUCAUCCCUAUCAUAAGUAUUACAACCCAGUAUAAUUGACUUCUUAAUUGGGGUCUGGGAAUAGCAGAAAGAAAUUGUUGCCCAUCAUCUUUACAGGAAUUCAGAUGAAGUCCUGCUGUGGAAAGAUAAAAAUAUAUGAUGCAUUGCUGAUGCACACAAAGUAAUAGCAGUGUUUUGCAGUUACCUGUUGGUUAACUGAGAAGGUUGCAUCCUCACAGGAACCAUACUGAGCUGUAACAAAAGUAACUUCUGGAAAUAUAAAAGUCUGGAGGCAGGUAACUUUAAUAUUGCUUGAGAUGUAUAUUAUUGCAAUAUUUUUUGUUUACAUAAAUAUAUAUUUUGCAAGAGA